AUGGCCACCACCACCGUGAGCCUCCUGGCGGUAGGAGCCGCCCCCGCCCCCGCCGGAGUCCUGGCGAAAGGAGCCACCGGCCCCAAAGUUCUGGCCUUGGCGGUGGCCCCCACCACCGCCGCCACCCAGCUCCUGCCUCCGACCACCAUGGUCCUGCCGAUACCCACCGAAACCACCGUCCUGGCGGUAGCCGCCGCCCGAACCUCCACCAAAGUCCUGCUGACGCGAGCUGCCGCCGCCACGCUCCCUCCACCGACCGCCACCGUCGCCCUGCCCACCACCUCCCAGCUCCGAGCGCCUCCCGUCGCCGCCCUCCCCCGUCUCCAGCCUCCUCUUGUUUCUCCCUUCGAAAUUGCUCAUGGCCGCAACCUCAGCAAAAGACCGUGUGAGAGGAGUGGGAGGAGAAAGUCUGAGGCCGGCCGCCGCCGCUCCCCUGCCGACGGCCACCCAGGAGGCUCCGCCCCGCCCUCCGGCACCGCCACUAGAGGGACGGACGCCGCCCGCCGACGCCCCGGGCCACGCCACGAGGAAUCCCCCAGUCUCUCGAAGCGCCGCGCCCCCGCCGCCGGAAAAGCAGACCCCUUUCCCCCAGGAGCAAACCUCCGACGCCGGCCAGGUUUGAAGGAACCCCCAAGCUCCUCCGCCCUGGAAAUGAAAUCGCCGAGGGAAGGCGCCGCCGACGGCCUGCGCCGGCCAGACACCUCCUCCUCAACCUCCCCUGCACCCGACCGCGAGGGCUCCUCCGAGCUCUCCGCCGUCCCUCCAUCGUCCUCCUCGUCGCACAAGGAGAGGGCCUAG